AUGGAUAAUGAGACUGCAUCAAUUUUGAAAGAAGCUGGAGUGAAACUCCGUCAGUUUUUACCUCCACGUAACGGACUCGUGUACCUCGAAAGGUCUAGUAUUAUGAUUAGUAACGACCACGAAGUAUUCAAUCCGGAGCUGGCAUUAUGA